GGAAAAUGCACAAUGAAUCCAAGGAGGGGUGCCAUUGAAUGAUAUAGGAAAUUACUGAUCUGUGUAAUAUAUUUUCUGGCAUUGAAUAAUGGCCAGGCAAAUAGUAAAUACCACAAAAGAGGGGAUGCCUUAAAAGUCAUAAUUAUACAGAAUCUGAAUGGAAAAAGAGGACAUGAGGUGAGAAACCCUUUUUAAACUUAUACAGAUUUUAAGGAAAUCUGGUUGAGAAAUGAGGAGUCCGUGGCCCCAUAUGGCUGUUGUUGAAUAAACUUAUGUUGUAGAUUAUUAAAAUUGAAGAAAAAGGUUGUGGGCGCAGGGGUCCAGAUCUACUAACCAACACUCUUGACACCAACAUUCCACCACACACCCACACUCACACACCGGCAUCUUCUUCUUCCCCAAUCAUCUCUUUUACAGUCUUGUACAGGGGAGACUUGUUAGGUGUGCUUUCCUUUUCCAUUUGUACUCAUCUUGCUCAUUUCUCCCACAAACCCGUCUUUAUCUCAUAUUAUCAUAUUACUUUAUGAUUCCAAAAAAUCAGGGCAGUUACAUAUAAAUCUACCUUUCUUUCUCUGUGUGUAUGUGUUGCAGUUUGCGAAGAGUUUGUGAUGCUUUGAACAUAGUUGAGAAUUUUGGGUUUUGAGUGUCUUGCAUGAUUUUUUUUGGGUACCCUUUAGAGAGUGAGAUCUGGGUGUCCUAAGAAAUAGUUGUUGUACACAUUUGUUUCCAUCUGGGUGCUCUAAAUUUGGGGCUACACAGAUCAGAGGUACCAAAUUUUCAUCUGGGUGUUACUGUUUCUCUCUGGGUGUGAUUAGAGCUCAAAGGGUGUUCAAGAAUCUUUCUAAUUUGUGCAUUUUUGCCUUCUUAUCAUCUUAAGGUACCGUAACAUUCAUAUGCAGAGAGAAAGAAUGAUGGCAGGAAAUGGGUUGUUUUACCCAAUUAUUGGGUUUGCAUCAGUCUUUGCAUUCAUCUACAUGUCUUUUGGAGACUUGAAGAUCAAUUUGUCUGAAGAAACAAAGAUGAGCUUUGUGGGGAGGAAUGGUACUCAGUUCAUGGUGGAUGGGAAAGUGUUUUACAUUAAUGGGUGGAACUCUUAUUGGUUGAUGGACCAAGCUGUGGAUGAGUAUAGCAAACCCAGGGUCAGGGCGAUGCUGCAGGCAGGGGCAAAGAUGGGUCUCACUGUUUGUCGCACUUGGGCAUUUAACGAUGGAGCCUACCAUGCUCUCCAGAUCUCACCUGGCCGGUUCGAUGAGCGAGUCUUCAAGGCUUUGGAUCAUGUCAUUGCAGAAGCAAGAAAACAGGGAAUCAGGCUGCUCCUCACCUUAGUUAAUAACUUGCAAGCAUAUGGUGGGAAAACUCAGUACGUCAAUUGGGCAUGGCAAGAAGGCAUUGGUUUGAGCUCCUCCAAUGAUUCAUUCUUCUUUGACCCAUCUAUCCGUAUUUAUUUCAAGAAUUAUGUCAAGGCUGUGUUGACAAGGAAGAACUCCAUCACUGGGAUUGAGUAUAGAAAUGAUCCCACCAUCUUUGGAUGGGAAUUGAUAAAUGAACCCCGUUGCAUGUCCGAUGCUUCAGGUGACACUCUCCAAGAUUGGUUAGAAGAAAUGUCAGCUUACGUGAAAUCAAUUGACAAGAAACAUCUACUUACCAUAGGCCUCGAAGGAUUCUACGGUCCAAACUCCCCCAAAAGGCUCACUGUGAACCCAGCAGAGUGGGCAGCAACCCUUGGAGCUGAUUUUAUCCGCAAUUCCAAGAUCUCAACCAUUGAUUUUGCCUCUGCUCAUAUCUAUCCUGACCACUGGUUUCAUGGUCAAGAAUUUGAAGCUGAACUAAAAUACGUCUCCAAAUGGAUGCUGUCUCACAUUGAAGAUGGUGAAAAGGAACUGAAGAAGCCUGUCAUGUUCACAGAAUUUGGGUUCUCAACCGAUAACAAGAACUUCCAUCCAUCUAAGCGAGAUCGGUUUUUCAAGACUGUUUUCGAUGUCAUGUAUCAAUCUGCAAGGAAAAAUGGGGCUGGAGCAGGUUCCUUUGUUUGGCAGUUCCUGGUCGGAGGAAUGGAAGAGUAUAACGAUGACUUUGGGAUCGUUCCAUGGGAAAGACCAGCAACUUAUCGGUUGAUAACUGAACAUACAUGCAGGCUGGCGAGAAUCCAGGGAGGACUGGCUCAACAGAAGGCAAGUUUGAAAGAUUUAUGUUCAAGGAGACGAUGAUGAAAGCAAUGCCAUUCUUUUACCCGAAAAUAUUCACUGCCCUUGUGGGAGAAAAGAAUUCUGUGGUUUGAGGUUUGAGAUUGUUUGAAAGAGAGAUUCAGGUCAGGGGUUUGAGCCAUGUUCUCCUGUUCAUACAGAUAGUAUAGUUGAAAUUUAAUGAAUCAGAUUGUGAGUAUAUAGUGAUUAUAUUACAGACACUGCAAUAAAAUGCAGGAAUUUGGAGCUGGUAAAGAAAGAUGGAUCAAUGUGGGAGGACACUGGGAUUUGUAGAAUUAGGGUUUAAAAGAACACACAGCUUGCUCCAUUUCCCAGUCUGCUUGCAAUUUGCCCUGACAUCAACUUUUUGGUCUUUCAAAAUGAUUGUAAUGGAGCUCUCGGCUAUCCUACUACCUAUAAUUGGACCAUCAAUUCAUUAGUUACUGGUACUUUUUCUUAUUAUCAUUAUUUGGGAAGCAAGUGUUUAUUAGUACAGAAACCAGAAUUUGAAUUUGUUUUUCUGUUUA